AAAAAAAAAAAAAAAAAAGUUUGGUGAAAUCUCGGAGAACUUUUUGGCUUUUGCGGGAACUUUUCCACGCAACGUUACGCUAAUAUACCUGCGGGUUUAUGAGCAGCUUAUAAGUCGAACCCGGAGCAGAAUAUACGUUUAUUUACCUGGACACUUUAACCGCUGAGCAUGUCGACGAGCGCCCUGUACAACGACCAAGGCGGAGCGGAGGCUGCCGUGGAAGCGGGUCAGGAGAGCACCCCGACCUCCUCCGGCACCGGAGCUGCCUUUGGACUUUUCAGCACCGACUUUAAAAAGAAUGAAGACCUUAAAGAGAUGUUGGAGAGCAACAAGGAGUCGCUUAAACUGGAGGCCAUGAAAAGGAUCGUUGGGCUGAUUGCCAAAGGGAAAAAUUCCUCAGAGCUGUUUCCUGCCGUGGUGAAGAACGUUGCGAGCAAGAACAUCGAGCUUAAGAAGCUUGUAUAUGUCUACCUGGUGAGGUAUGCAGAGGAGCAGCAGGACCUGGCUUUGCUAUCUAUAAGCACCUUCCAGCGGGCCCUCAAGGACCCAAACCAGUUCAUCCGGGCCAGCGCAUUGAGGGUUUUGUCCAGUAUCCGGGUGCCUAUAAUUGUCCCCAUCAUGAUGCUGGCCAUCAAGGAAGCGGCAGCUGACCUCUCCCCAUAUGUCAGGAAGACAUCGGCCCAUGCUAUCCAGAAGCUCUACAGUCUGGAUCCAGACCAGAAAGAGCAGCUGAUCGAAGUGAUAGAGAAACUAUUGAAAGACAAAAGCACACUGGUGGCCGGCAGUGUGGUGAUGGCUUUUGAGGAAGUGUGUCCAGAUCGCAUUGACCUGAUCCAUAAGAACUACAGAAAGCUGUGUAACCUGUUGGUGGAUGUGGAGGAGUGGGGGCAGGUGGUCAUCAUCUCCAUGCUGACGCGCUAUGCCAGGACGCAGUUCACCAGCCCCUGGACGGAGGGCGCCACGUUUGAUGAGAACAAUGAGAAGACGUUCUAUGAUUCUGAUUCUGAGGAGAAAAAAGAGGAGACGGAGGCCAAACCCUACAUCAUGGAUCCAGACCACAGACUGCUGCUCAGGAACACCAAACCUCUUCUGCAGAGCAGGAACACCGCUGUGGUGAUGUCUGUCGCUCAGCUCUAUUGGCAUUUAGCCCCUAAACAUGAAGUCAACAUUGUCACCAAGUCACUUGUCCGACUACUAAGAAGCCACAGAGAGGUGCAGUACAUUGUGCUUCAGAAUAUAGCCACAAUGUCCAUUCAGAGGAAGGGGAUGUUUGAGCCCUUCAUGAAGAGUUUCUAUGUGAGAUCUACAGAUGCCACACAUAUCAAAACACUGAAGUUGGAGAUCCUGACCAACCUGGCCAAUGAAGCCAACAUCUCCACUAUUCUGAGGGAAUUUCAGACCUAUGUGAAGAGUCAGGACAAGGCGUUUGCGGCGGCCACCAUUCAGGCCAUCGGCAGGUGUGCCACCAACAUCUCUGAGGUGACAGACACGUGUCUCAACGGUCUGGUGCUGCUGCUUUCCAACAGAGACGAGACCGUGGUGGCUGAGAGCGUGGUGGUGAUAAAGAAGUUGCUUCAGACUCAGCCCACCCAGCACAGUGAGAUCAUCAAACACAUGGCCAAACUCUUCGACAACAUCACUGUCCCCAUGGCUCGAGCCAGCAUCCUGUGGCUGAUGGGAGAGUACUGUGAGAGGGUGCCAAAAAUUGCACCUGAUGUUCUCCGUAAGAUGGCAAAGACUUUCACAGCAGAGGAGGACAUUGUGAAGCUGCAGAUUGUCAACCUAGCUGCCAAACUCUACCUGACCAACUCCAAGCAGACCAAGCUGCUGACCCAGUACAUCCUGAACCUCGGCAAAUACGACCAGAACUACGAUAUCCGAGACCGAACGCGCUUCAUAAGACAGCUGAUAGUGCCCAGCGAGAAGAGCGGUGCCCUCAACAAGUAUGCUCGACGCAUCUUGCUGGCCCCCAAACCAGCCCCUGUGCUCGAGUCUGCCUUCAAAGAUCGAGACCGUUUCCAACUGGGCACGCUCUCCCACAGCAUCAAUUCUAAAGCUACUGGAUACCAGGAGCUCUCAGACUGGCCAGCUGUUGCUCCUGACCAGUCUGUGAGGAACGUGGAGGUCAUUGAGCCAGUGAAGGAGUGGGCACCAUUAGUUGGGAAGACCAAGAAAUCCAAAUCUGAUGACAAGUUCUACUCGGACGAUGAAGAGGAGAAAGAAGAAGAAGAAGGAUCUGCGAGCAGUGGCAGUGAAGACAGCAGCAGCAGCAGCGGUGAAGAGUCAGACAGUGAGAGUGAGGAGGAAAGCAGUGAGGAGUCAGAAAAGACCUCCACUGAUUCUGGAAAGAGUUCCAGUGGAUCUGAAAACAGCUCGAGUGAAUCUGAAUCGGAACAAAAAAAGAAGAAAAAGACCAAGAAGGCACCGCAGAAGAAAAGCAAGCCAACUGCUGCUGACAGACAGGUCACCACUCCAUCUUUCGGCCCUGUGAAAACCUAUGAGCUGCUUCACCAUAUGACAGGAAAAGGUCUGUCAGCCAAGUAUCAUUUCCCCCGGCAGCCCUGUUUGUACCAGCCCAGUAUGGUGGCUGUACAGGUCAUACUGACCAACAGCUCAGACCACAGCCUGGAGGAGAUCCAUAUAGGAGAACGAAGCCCAGCGAGCCUUAACAUCCACUGCUUUAACACCAUCGGUGACGCUGGAGCCAGAGCCUCUGUGACGGUUUCCAUGGGUAUUGACUUCAGCGACUCGACACAAGCAGCCAACUUCCAGUUGUGCACCAAGGAGGACCAGUUCAAUGUGUCCAUCCAGCCUGCUGUGGGAGAGCUGUUAAUGCCCAGUACCAUGACAGAACAGGACUUCACCAAGGAGCAAGGUGAGUUACUGGCUGGUUGCACCGGGCACGGCUUCGAUCACAGCCACACGAGGCAAAUGCUUGAGGUCCAUUUAUUGGAGAUGAUGGCAUUCCUCACUGACAAAAUCCACAGUCAGCGAGAAGCCUCUGUAGUCUGUUUGUCCUCUCCUUCCCCUCACGUCCGUCUGCCCUUCGAGUGCAGCGCUGCAGUCUGUCCGUAUGGGCGAGCUCUGGAGAUGCGUGGAGGGUUCCUGGUUCUAAUUGGGGCUAAUAGCUCUGGCCAUCUGCCUGAUUUGGCCCAAGUCUGCAGGGACGGUAUCCAAGGAAACGGUGGACUGAGAAUUCUCCCGAUGGCCCAGAGGGAGCGGCCCACGUUCUCUGACCCCACCUGCAGGUUCGCCGGGCGGACGGUCAGCAGCGGAGCUCUGGUCCUGGUGUCGCUGGAGCUGAAGGAGUCCUCCACUGCUCUGCUUACUAUCAACACAGAGAAGAGCGUCAUGGCGUCCAUGUUGCUCCGAGACCUUAAACAAGCCCUCGCCCAGGCGUAGAGUCCCUCCCCUCCACUCCUCCCCACUUCCUUUAGUAAAGGUAAAGGGGAAGAGCACUUUAUUAAAGAUUGCAUACAUUUUAUUUCUGUGGUUAAGGACAAUUCAGGCGGUACUUGCAAACAUGUGGCACUUUAAUCCAAAAUACAGAAACCGUAGAACUACAGCUCGAACCUGGGUGUUCACAGAGAAUAAACUGGAAACAAUGGAAGCGCGCUCAUGCAGCACUUCUUAUUUUUAUGGUCUGUGGUUUUGGAAAGGAUUGUCCUGAAUCGCAGGAAUAACUUUGUGAAAAUCUUGAAUAAGGUGAUGAAUUCCUUUUUAAAACACACAGAAGGCAUCAUAGCAGUGGUAAUAAAAUGUAAAAAUUGACACCUAAACGUGACACCAGUCCAUCACAAAAAUGUCAAACAAACUGGCCAUUUACCUCACUGGUGACCAUUUAAAUGUCAAUGCCAAGCAUCAUUAUGUACAAACGGCUGUACAUGCAUUGUGGGGAGAGAGAGUGCAUCGCUGCCACACUCACAGUGGGCCAAUUUGUCUUUAGUGUUUAUACAAACUGAGAUACUCCACUAAAACAUUGAUGUCUGACUGUAUUUCAGUGGCAUUUGUGCCCGAGCCAAGCGACCCUGUGUUUCCAUUGACUUUAUCUCUUUAGUGCCGAGAAAAGGGAGGAUUUCUCUGCGCCAUGUCAACCCACUGUCAUUAAUACACUAUAAACAUUUGGGAGCUGUUGCGCCACCAAACUGGCCUCUGAUGUAGUUUUACAUUCCAACCUUUACCCUGCCCCCCCAAAUCACAUUUAUUAAAGUGCCUUCUACAUGAAAAUAAUGUUAUUUAGAAAACCAAACAUAUAUGUUAGACUUAAAUCAACGUGGUCUUUUUAUUUGUAUUGCUUUUGCUGAACAAUAAAAAGUGAAUUUAUUAAAAUAACCCUUUUUUGUCUUUGCUAAUAAUAACUCCUCAGUC